AUGACGGGUACAAUUCAGAUGUAUGCAGGAAAUGCAACACCUGCGUUACCAUGGCUUCUGUGUGAUGGUAGGACAGUUUCACGCAUAACUUUCCAGCGACUCUUUGCCGUCAUUGGAACUGCAUAUGGAUUUGGUGACAACAACACAACCUUCAAUGUACGUGAUUUUCGCGGUCGAGUCGCUUUUGGUGUUGAUCCAUCUGCAUUGUGCGUAUCGCAACCUGAAAACUGGGUUCUGCAGGAGGACAAGUCACAAUCAUGGUGGACAAACUGGCGACGGUCCUAUGGGUAUGCGAGACACACUCACUCAAUACCUAGUGGCACUACCGGCAUUCGUAUCGAUGCUGUUGGUGACCACACACAUGUGUUGACUGGUGAUACGGGCUCGGUAGGUAAUAAUCAACAGUUCGAUACAAUAUCACUCUAUCAAACAGUACACUACAUUAUUUACUCAGCAUAA